AUGGCCGCCGUGCCGGCGGAGCUGAGGCGGCCUCAGGAGCGGCCGGAGCGGGCGGGGGGCGCGAAGCGGCCGCGGCGGGAGGAGCGGCCCCGGGAGGAGCCCCCGGCCGAGCCCGGGUACCUGGCGCUGGCCCGCGGGCUGCUGGCCGGCGGCGCCCCGGCCCUGCGCGGCCCCGCGCCCGCCCGCCCCGCCGGGGAGCCCGCGGGGGACGGAGCCGGCGAUGGCGACGAUCUGCUGGGGCAGCUCAUCCGAGACCUGAAUGAAAUCAAUGAGGUUCCUUUCUUUGAUGUGCAGCUGCCCUAUGAGCUGGCACUGAAGAUAUUCCAGUACCUGGGCAGGGCUGAGUUGGGAAGGUGUGCUCAGGUCAGCAGGACGUGGAAAAUCCUUGCAGAAGACGAAGUGCUGUGGUACAGGCUGUGCCAAGAGGAGGGAUACCUGUUGGAUAUGAGCAUCUCCGACCAGUCCUGCUGGAAAGUCGCCCUCAGGAACUGCCGGGCCCGGGAGCGCACCUUGAAAUACAACUGGAAGAACCGGAUCGGAGCCGUGAGCCAGCUGAGGUACGAGCUGGGGAAGGUGCUGUGUGAUGUCCACUCCUGGGAUGGAGUUGUCAUUGCUGGGUACACCUCAGGAGAAGUGAGGCUGUGGGACACUCGCACCUGGGACUACGCAGCCCCCCUCCUGGAAGCCAUGCCCGGUGCUGGCGAGGCUGGACCCCGGCCACACGUCUCCUUUGUGAGGAUAAACAGCUCCCUGGCUGUGGCAGCUCACGAGGACGGAACCGUCAGCGUUUGGAACCUGCUGCUGGGCCGGGAGCCAAUCCAUCAUUACCAGCACAACCAGAAGAUCCAGGCCCUGGCCCUGGGGCCGGGGGGCGCAGCCGUGGCCACGGCGUCGGGCUUCGAGGUCAAGGUGGAAACCCCCGAGGACAGAGGGUUCUGGCAAACCACAGCAACCUUUGAAAUCCAGAAACUGGUCAACUUCCUUAAUCUGGUUCCAGAUGUUACGGGGAGCCCAGUGGCAGUGGCAGCUGCAGAGGACAUUGUGUAUCUCCUGAAAGCAGAAGAUCCUGGCAAAAUCCUGCACUCUGUCUAUGGCCAGCCUGUCACCUGUCUGGAUGUGUCUGCCCAUGAAGCUGCCUUUGGGAUCAAAACCUUUGGCUGGUUGUUGAAUGAGCCCAAUCAGAUUCUUCUUUACAACCUGGAAACAAACCAGUGCCUGACCAAGGUGGGCAACUCCAUAGGUGACUUCACGUGUGUCAACCUCCGCGACAGCCCUCCCCACAUGCUCGUUGCAGGCAACAAGGACAGAAAGUGUGAUGAAGGUUCAGAGGUGUGUCCUGGUUGUGUUCCGUGCAGGUAUCGAGGGAUCAUUUACUCCUACGAGUUCUCAGGGGAGCAGCUGGCAGGGGACAGUGUCCUCCCCAUCUGCCGCUCGUCCUACGACGAGCUCGCGGGCUACAACUACAACAUCGGCCUGGCCGUGCCCUACGACAGCAUUUAGGGACUCCUGGGCUGCUGGGGGCCAGGCAGGACAACAUCCACGUGGGACAAGCACCUCAGAGGGGGUGUUGGCUGCGGGACAACGGGCUGGGAUUCGCCAAAACGUGGGGAUAGGAACCCAAAGAGUUCAAGGCUGCCCUGGAGCGUAUCACUGAAACGUGGUGCUGCUCAGAGGUCCACCCUGCUGGAGGGGAGAGUGAAGAUGAAGGGGAACAUCACACUGCGGGGUGAACCAAAACCCUGCUGCCUGUGGGAAGGAUGCUGCUGGUCCCACCUGGGCAGAGGGACACGGUCAGGAAGCCAGAGGGGCACAGUGUGAAGGGUGGGAGCACACUCAGGAGCUCCUGCCUGCCCUGAGAGGGGGAAAAAAACCCACCAGGAACUUGGGGGAAGCUCGUUGCUGAGCCUCAUGUUUGUUAUCCUGUCCUGGUAACAAGCUGCUCGUGCUUGUUUUCCUUGGAAUGCACUGGAAUGUGUCAAGGAACAGGACCAUGCACAAAAGGUUGGGAGAGGGGAGGGUGAUGGAGAGAGGGAAGGGAAGGUUGGCCCCAGGCCAGACUGGAUGCUUGGGAACUCAGCAGGCCACACACAUCAGAAUGAUUUUAAAAUGAAUUAUUUUUUUAAAUCCUCUAAAAUUCUGGAUUAAAUAUUUUUUAAUUGUCUGCGUA